AUGCGUCCACGCACCCCCUACGAGCCGUCCAGCCUCCUGGGGGCUGUCGAUACUGGACAUGUACAUCUCUAUGCUUGCUGUGGCGGCCAGGGACCAAGCAACCUGACGGGUCUUGACGACCUGAUCCAUCUAUCACUUACAUACAACCACUGUUCCCCUAUACAACUGCUUCUUGCGUCGGCUGCGCGGCGAAUCACAUCUCUCGCCUCGAUCCCUCAUCGUUCCGCCUUCUUUUGCGGACGAGGAUUUCCACUACAGGCCUGGCUGGACGAUCAGGGUGCAUCUGCACCAUCAGCCGAGGAUCUUGCUCUUUCGCCCUUUAGCUUUCCAAUAAAUACCCUCCUCACCUUGGUUCAUUAUGCGCUGGCAGCUCACAAGCUCUGUCUUGACCCGACCCAACUACGUGAGCGACUCCAUGGCGUUGUUGGCCAUUCUCAGGGAGUAUUUGCCGCGGCCGCCAUCGCCCAUGUUGGCACCGGGUGGCCUGCCUUUUAUCAAGCUGCGGAUCUUGCCCUCCAGCUGGCAUUCUGGGUUGGUCUGGAAUCGCAUGUGGCAGCUCCGGGCAGUACACUUUCUGCGGAGGAAGUCAAGGAUUGCGUCGACCACGAGGAAGGCACUGCGUCAUACCUAUUGAGCGUGGUGGGGAUGACACCGAAAGAUCUCACCAGUGUGAUCCAGCAGUUAAAUAAAAGUCAAGCCGAGGAUGGCGGGCCCUUGGUCUAUCUUGCUUUGGUCAAUGGCCGCAACAAGUGUGUUGUGGCCGGUGCGCCGCAAGGACUACGGCGAGUUUGUAUGGCCCUUCGUAACCAUAAGGCACCAGCAAAGCUUGAUCAGAGUCGUGUGCUUUUCAACCGUCGUCAACCGGUGAUUGAUGUUCAGUACCUACCUAUUUCUGCCCCGUAUCACUCACCCUUCCUGGAAUCAGUGGAGUCAUUCGCAAUGAGUGCUCUGGCCAAUCUUCGACUAACUGGGGAGGACUUGGCUAUCCCCAUCUAUCACUCAGUGGAUGGGCAUAAUCUGCAGAAGCAAGGAUCACAAGAUGUACUACGGCCGCUCAUCCAAGCGGUGACGGUGGGCUACGUCGAUUGGCCUGCAACCUGUCGUCAAAUGAAAGGCGCUACUCAUAUCCUGGCACUAGGCCCUGGCGCCGUUGGUAACCUGGUUCAUGAUGUUAUGGAGGGCACAGGAGUGGCUAUAAUCCCGUUAUCCGGUCGCUCCUUGUCCUCUGGUUUGUCAUCGUUGGCUAAUUGGGGAAUGAGCUCUCUCACUGCAUCGAAUUGGCGCCGACAGUAUAGCCCACGCCUCCGAGUCGGUGCUAAUCAAAGGACGCCCUAUAUCGAAACUAAGAUGACCCGUCUGCUGGACACACCUCCACUUAUGGUAGCGGGGAUGACGCCAACUACCGGAUCUCCGGAGUUCGUCGCCGCAAUAAUGCAAGCUGGAUAUCACGCUGAAUUCGCCGGAGGGGGUUAUCACCGGCGCGCUGAGAUGGAAGUAGCAUUGCGUCGUCUAGCCGCUGCAAUUCCCCCACACCGGGGCAUCACUUGCAAUGUCAUUUACGCCUCCCCCAAGACCCUCUCUUGGCAAAUUGAGCUACUAAGAGAUCUCAUUGAUGAAGGGUUACCUAUUGAGGGGUUGACUGUAGGCGCGGGGAUCCCCUCACUGGAGGUGAUUCGCGGGUGGAUUGAAUCGCUGGGCCUGUGCCAUAUCUGGUUCAAACCUGGGUCCGUUAAUGCUAUUGAUCAAGUUAUCGCCCUUGCUCGCCAUUAUCCAACGUUUCCUAUUGGUCUCCAGUGGACUGGCGGCCGCGCAGGGGGGCACCAUUCGAGUGAGGAUUUCCACCAGCCUAUACUCGACCGCUACACUCGCAUCCGAGAAUGCGAGAACAUCGUGCUUGUUGCCGGGAGUGGAUUUGGCGGUGCAAGUGAUACAUGGCCUUAUCUCACCGGUACAUGGUCACAGAAGCUCGGAUUUGCCGCCAUGCCAUUUGACGGGGUGCUUUUUGGUAGCCGAAUGAUGGUUGCUCGUGAAGCGAAAACGUCGCUGGCAGCAAAGCGGCUGAUUGUAGACGCGCCGGGGAUUGAAGACGAUGACCGUGCUACGUGGACACGCUCUGAGAUCGAACCUGUUGGCGGCGUCAUAUCCGUCACCUCAGAGAUGGGCCAGCCUAUUCAUGUGCUUGCAACCCGUGCUAUGCUAUUAUGGCACGAGCUCGACACGCGGUUCUUUUCUAUUCGGGAUACACAAAAAUACCUUAAUGCACUGCAGCGACAUCGUGAAUACAUUAUCAGCCGUUUGAACGUUGAUUAUGCCCGGCCGUGGUUUGCUCUCACCCUGAGCGGGGAGGCUGUUGAGAUUGAAGACAUGAGUUACAAAGACGUCCUUCGUCGGCUGUGCCAGCUGAUGUAUGUCCCUCACGAGGCUCGCUGGAUUGACUUGUCGUACCUCCACCUGGUUCAUGGAUUUCUACAUCUUGUUCAGAGCCGCUUUGGAUAUGGGGUUUAUCUUAGUGAAGAUCCAGUUGAGCUUCAGGCGACAUUUGACAAUGCCUAUGCAGCCCAGGGCGACGAGGUUCUUCACCCGGAAGAUGUGGCACAUCUCCUCGCCUUAUUUCGUCGUCGUGGCCAGAAACCCGUGCCCUUCAUACCUAAGCUCGACGUGAAUUUUGAAACUUGGUUUAAGAAAGAUUCACUGUGGCAAUCAGAGGACGUCGAGGCCGUGCCCAACCAAGAUCCACAGCGGGUGUGCAUUAUCCAUGGCCCUCUGGCAGCUCGCCACUCAACAGUUUGCAACGAGCCCGUAGGCCACAUUUUGGAUUGCAUUCGCGAUGCCCACAUCGAGAUGCUGUGUCAACAGCGUGAAGAUGAAGAAGAACAAGAAGAAGAAGAGGGGACGAUUAGACAUGAGACAGUUCAAAAAAAGGAACUGUCGCUACCAGGAGUCCGAGUCUCCCAAGACGGACCCAUCCAUCGAUAUCACCUUAUUGGCCCUGCUUUACCGUCUGCAAAGGCCUUAGUUGAGCACCUGGUGGGUGACUGCACUUGGGCCUAUGCUGCCCUUAUUAACAAGUAUUUGAUCUAUGGCCAAAAUAGGGCCAAGAAUCCAAUUCGCAACGCCUUCAGACCCGAGGCUGGUGACGUUAUAGACGUUAGGUACGCUGCCGAACAGCCUUGCGAGAUUACUCUGUAUACCGCACCGCUAAGGGGCGACUCCAAACAUCCACACGCUGUACUGGAGCUCGCCUAUCAUGAGGGUAGAGAGGUUACAAUGACACUACUGAUGUCCCCAAUCCUCGGCGGUCAGAGCAGACGACCUGCCUUAGAGCUCACAAUGGAACUAAUUGGUGGACCAAUGGAUUCUCAUAUGCUGCAACUGAGCAGGGGAGAUUACCUCGAUCGCGUUCGUAGACUCUAUACGCAACUCUGGAUUGAAGGGCCUAGUCACGGUCCAUCAUCGGCAGGUAUAAACUCCGAGUUUGCUGGUGACCGGGUGACAAUCACCGCAGAUGCUGUGAAGGCGUUCCUUGCGGUCAUCCGACAGACUGGCCCGGCACGAUGUCAAGCUUGGGAGGCACAGGGCUCUGUUAUUCCUCUUGACUAUGGUGUUGUAUUGGCCUGGACGGUGCUCACCAAACCCGUUCUGCUCCCAGCCCUGGAUGGGGAUCCGGUGCAACUCCUACACCAGUCGAUAUCUAUCCGCCUCGUACCAGGCGUCCGUCCGCUUCAUUUAGGAGACGUGGUAACGACCUCAUCACGGAUCACAGAGCGUACGAUUACCGCCACCGGCCAGUUGAUUGAAGUUUCUGCCGAGAUCCGUCGUGAGGCCGAGCCCGUGGUUCACAUUCGAUCAGUAUUCGUCAUCCAGCGCCGUCCGCAAAGUGUGUCCAAACAACAAUUCCGUUCCGUUGACGAGCCCGACAUGAUAAUGCACAUCAACUCACCGGUAAAGUUGCAGGUACUUGUCAGCCGGAAAUGGCUUCUCCUGGACGGAUCUACCCCUGAUCUACUGGGAAAAACCCUUGUGUUUCGGCUGAACACUCAAACCAUUUACGACACAUCUGGGACGCUCAGCUCACUCCAAGUCGCCGGAUCGGUGAGUCUGCUACCAGAAAUUACGUCUUCUAGUUCCUCACUCGGUGCCCAACUUGGUCGUGUAUACUUGGAGGAGGAAGGCUGCCGGGUAAAUCCAGUUCUUGAUUUCUUGAAUCGACACGCAGCCCCGCGGAUUCAGCGCCGCAUGCUACAGAACCCCGGAUGGGCCGGGGAUGCUACCAUCGAUUUCCGUGCACCAUCACAGAGCGGCUCGUAUGCUUGUGUGUCACAGGAUACAAACCCGAUCCAUCUCUGUCCACUGUUCGCUCGAUUUGCUGGCCGCGGAGCACCUGUCGUCCAUGGCAUGCACUUAUCCGCAACUGUGAGACGGAUACUCGAGUGGAUGGUCGGGGAUACCCAUCGAACACGGUUCCGUAGCUGGAAGACGUCGUUUGACGGUAUAGUUCGAGUGCAAGACCAGCUUCAGAUGGAGGUGCAGCAUCGGGCGAUGGAAGACGGCCUGCUGGUAGUCCAGGUGAAGGUGUUGGACCAGAAUGGGCAGCGUCCGGUAAUGCGUGCGGAAGCCAUAAUCGAACAAGCCCCAACAGCAUACGUCUUUUGCGGUCAGGGAAGCCAGGAGAAGGGAAUGGGAAUGGCUUUAUAUGGCACACAUACCGCUGCCCAAGCACUUUGGGAUAAAGCGGAGCGACAUUUCGAGUCUCAAUAUGGCUUUUCUCUCCUCCAAAUCGUUCGGGAGAAUCCCACCUCUCUCACCGUCAACUUUGGCGGUCGACGUGGUCGACAGAUUCGUGCUAACUAUCUUGCCAUGAGCUCAGGAUCAGACUCGGAUACCUGUAUUCUUCCAGGUCUGACGGCGUCUUGCAGGUCUUAUACAUUUUCCUAUCCUGCGGGAUUGCUCAUGUCCACUCAAUUUGCCCAACCUGCAUUAGCAGUAAUGGAGAUGGCCGAAUAUGCGCAUCUGCAAGCCCAAGGAGUAGUCCAGAACCCGGCCUUGUUUGCUGGCCAUUCCUUGGGAGAGUACAGUGCCCUCGGAGCCUGCACUACUUUUAUGCCCUUCGAGUCUCUCUUGUCUUUAAUUUUGUACCGUGGCCUCAAGAUGCAGAAUGCACUCCCUCGCGAUACCUAUGGACGCACAGAUUACGCGAUGAUGGCGGCAGAUCCCUCACGCAUCCGACCAGACUUCGAUGAGCACGAUUUCCUGGACCUGGUCCAACUAAUCGGCCAGGAAGCUGGAUUGUUACUGGAAGUGGUUAACCAUAAUGUCCGAUCACGACAGUAUGUCUGUGCUGGCCAUAAAAAGGUUCGUGCGCUUUGGAUUAUGGGCCGUGUAUGCGACGAAUUGUUCAAAUUGACCCUCACCGGUGAUGGGGAUACUCUCCGGGAGUGCGUUCGUCGCCACGUCCUCGGGUCUCAGUCAGUUACUAACCAGACCAAUCUUGCUCGAGGCCGUGCAACUAUUCCACUGGGUGGUGUGGAUAUCCCUUUUCACUCCCAGAUGCUUCGGGGGCACAUUGACAACUACAGACAGUAUCUUCGACGUCACCUGCGGAUCUCAGACUUGAAGCCCGAUGAAUUUGUUGGACGCUGGAUUCCUAACGUGGUAGGAAAACCGUUCGCACUCGAUAGUUCCUAUAUACAUCUUGUGCAGCGCGUUACAGGCAGCCAGCCGUUGAUGGACCUUCUACAGCGACUUAAAGAACGCUUAGCCUAG